AUGGUUCACGGGCCACUUGGCAUGCUUCGCUUAGCAUCUCUCACCAAGGACAGCGUGCAGAUUUCCGUGCCCAACCUCAACAACCCGAGGGGAGGAUCCAGCACCCUCGGACGUACCGGCAAGCUACCCACACCUCUCAAGAGGCCACGUAUCAACAAGAGAGAGACCAAGGGUAUGGGAAUCGCCAAGAACGCGCCCAAGGGUACGGAUAUCACCAAGCUAGAGCCCCAGCUAGUGACCCGAAUGGCCCUGGCGAUCCUGACGAUGACCGACGAAAAGGAAACGGAGGAGAUUAGCAAGGAGAUCGAGGCUACGGGUACGAAAGAGGGAUUCGGAAACGGACCCUCAAGGGACCCCGGAUUCGGAAAUGAGCCUCCUAAGGACCCUGGAAGAGGACGGACCACCGGCAACUAUAUCGGUAAUCCCUUACCGAUCAGACCAUUAGCCAGGCAAAGCACACCUGCGUACGGCACUCCAGGCGCCCCUGACGAUAAUAGUGACGAUUUCCCUGAGCUAAGAGCAGCAGACCCUCACCCAAGAGCGAAGGAAUUGGCCUUGUUCGCGCGAAGCUUUCCCAAGGAGCUGAAGUAUUCAAGACCCGACGAUGACUUCAAGACCCAAUUAGGGAUUUUUGCUGACCAGGCAAGUCGAUACGGUUUGACCUCAGACGACUACUUGGCGGCGUUCCCUAUCAUGCUAACAGAGGAAGCUAUAACCUUCUAUUACAAUCAUAUGAUCAAGGCUAGGCUUCCUACGAAGGAGAAUCCAAGGACCUCGCUUAGCGAGUGCUUUGAGAAGCUCGCUAAGGAGCUCAAGGGCAUUCAAGGCUCUCUACGACCAGGUUUGAGGGACGAUCGAAGUCUUGCUGACAAGCUGUAUUCAGCUUGUAAAAACGUGCCAAAGACUACGAUUGCACGAAUGAAUCCUGCUUUUACCUCCACCGCGGCAGUUGCUAACAUUCGUCGAGCAAUUGCCUUUGCAACUAAGACCUCCCGACCUCCCGCCAAAGCUAGAGCUUACGCGAGCUCUAGCGAGCCACACGAUCACACCUGCUCUCACAACACCUCAAAGGCUGACUCCGAUUUGGACGAGGAAUACGAAUGUUUUAUUCAAGACCGCCAAUACUUCGGAAGUAAGAAAGCUGCCAAGGCUACUACUAAGGGUGAGAAAAAGUGUUUUGUUUGCAAGAAGCCAGCGUCGAUCGAGGGCUUGCCACCUGUAUCCACGGAAGAAUUCGAUCAGUUUAUCGCAAGCCUACCAGACGAGCCGCCCGAAUCGGGCAGCCACGCCAACAUAUCAGAAGGUUUUAUGACUACCCACGGCACCUUUAACGCUGACGAGGUAUACAAACAGCUAGAGAUUCAGACGGCAUUCCACGCCCUUACCAGCCAAAUCGAGACCCAAAACGUGCCCGCGGGCAAAGCAAAGACCUACAUGGCCUCUAGGUACUCGGAAAACGUCUUCAUAGGCCUCAUGAUCGACAGCGGAGCAGCCAAUUUCUCUACCGCUAGCUUGCCCCAGCUACGAGCACUCCAAAAGAGGUACCCCGAGGUCCAAUUGGAUACAUCCCGAGCAAAGGAGAAGUCCGUCAAAUACGGCAUCGGCUCUGCUACCUCUAUUAGAGCAGUUACCCUACAAACACCCCUAGGUCAAGUGGACACCGAGGGCGAGACCGUCUAUUGCCACCUCACGGAAGAGCAAUUGAGGACCAUCCACAAGCGUUUUGGCCACCCCUCAACAAGUCGAUUUGCUGCUGUUCUCAAGAGGGCCGGGCACGAAUUUAAGCGGGAUUUGCUCUACAACAUUCAAAAGUUUUGCCACCACUGCCAAGUAUUCGGACGCUCCCCGAAGAGGUUUAGUAUCAAGCUCAAAGAUGAUACUGACUUCAAUGAUACGGUAUACGUGGACGUAAUGCACCUUGACGGCAAGAACGUAUUGCACGUCGUCUGCGAUUCUACCAAUUUUCAAGCCGCCACCUUCCUCAAAAGCAUGUCCGCACAGCACUUACUUAAGGGAUUCAAUCGAUGUUGGGUCAAUACCUACGUCGGACCUCCUACAAACGUCGUACACGAUCCCGGAACCAACUUCAAUUCAGUAACGUUCCGAGGCUACCUCAAAGGUAUUAGCAGCACCCCAAAGCAGAUGCCUGUAGAAGCCCAUCACAGCGUCGAGCUAGUAGAACGCUACCACGUCCCUGUGCGACGCGCCUUUAAGAUCGUCACAAAAGAGCUUCCAAAAGCCCCAAAGGAGGACCGGCUUCAAAUGGCUAUCAAAGCCAUCAACGACACAGCUGGACCUAAUGGCCUGGUUCCUACACUCCUCGUUUUUGGGACCCUACCGAAGCUGACGGAGCAAGAUCGACCUGCCGCGUCUACCCAAGAGCGUGCUGCUGCCAUCAACAAAGCUAUAAAGGAAGUACGAAAAUGCCACGCUGCGAAGCAGGUUAAGGACGCGCUCAAGAAGAAGAAUGGCCCAAUUACGAAGCAUACCCUAAACCUCCCUAUUGGCUCACGGGUGCUCGUGUGGCGGGAAAACCAAGGGUGGAAGGGCCCCUUUCAGCUGCUUGGCAAGCAAGGGCACACGUGCACAGUGGCUUGUCCGAGGCCUACGGAAUUCAAGUCAACCUCAGUAAAACCUUACUACUCUAAAGUUGAAAAGCUGCCAGAAGAGUUGCAAGUACCUGAGGUAGAGGUAGAGGAAGAGGUGAAAGAAGAUCAAAGCGAAGGCGAAAAAGAGCUGGAACUACGAAAUUCGCCUAAACCUCAAAAGUCGCUUAAUCCACCGAGGUCGCCUAAUCCAAGAAGCUCGCCAAGAUCAGCAAACAACCCCCCUCAACUUGUCAAUUCCCAGAAGUCAACAAUACCAAUAGUCCAGAUACCUUACCAGAAGUACGAUCCGAGUAUCCCGACCGUGCUCGAUGAGGAGGAGGACGAUUCCUACGUGCUAUUCACCAAAGACUCCGAAGUGUUGGUUACCGACAAAGAACGCCGGGACCAUGAGCUCUCAGCCAAGCUACGAGCCGAGGGAGUCAUCAAGAGCCCUAGGGCACCAUUUCAAGAGUCCAGAGCAAAGGAAUUAGCUGGAUUAAUAGCCCAAGGCAUCCUCCAAGUGAUCCCGGGCACCGACCCACGCGCUAAAGGCGCCAGGAUCUUCGGAUCUAAGUUUGUUGACGAGAUCAAGGGCAAGGGAACACCUACGUUAUACGAGAAGUCUCGUAUAGUGGUCCAAGCCUUCCAAGAUAAGGGCAAGACGAGGGUACUCACCGAGUCACCUACGGUGCAGCGGGCGGGCCAAAGACUCUGUUGUGCUCUGGCUCCUUCGCUAAUAAAAGACUACGGGUGUCAGACGGAUGAUGUUCUCAUGGUUGUCAAUCCAACUAUAAGGGCAAAGGAAAAGAAGGAGCUAGUCAAAUCCAAGCUAAGGAGCAAGGAAAUGGAGACCCUCACACACGCCGAGCCGAUGAUUUUCAAUGGAUGCAAGCUAUCCUUGGAUAAGGACGGGUUCGGACUGUCAGUUGAGCAAAAAGGGCAGGGUGAGAGGCUUGCCGUAAUCAAGCUCGAUUCAGCUACGCAGGCUAAGGAGUACUUGGAGCAACGUGCCCGAAGGGCGUAUUUAGCUACCAUUUGCUACCCAGAGGCAUCUUGCGCUCUAUCGAUAGCUGCCCAGCACCAAGAACCGAAGGACGAGGACUACAAGGCCCUCAAUAAGGUGAUCCAGUGGCUGAUCGAUCACCCAACUCGAAGGAUCCACUACGUGCCCUUGGACCUGAGGACGGCGAAGCUCUUUGUGUUCGUAGAUAGAGCGUUUGCCAAUAACGCUGACCUUAGCUCCCAGAUCGGUUUCGUAGCUAUCCUUAGCAAUAAGGCUCACGUAAGUGAGAACGAGUUCACUCUGACGGGUAACAUCCUCCAUUGGGUGUCACAGAAGUGCAAGAGGGUGACAAGGGCGGUGUUAGCCUCUGAGCUAUACGCUAUGUCCUUAAGUAUCGAUAUAGCCAUUGCCAUGUCGACUACCUUUGCCCAAAUCACAGCUCAGCUAAGGAUCCCUAAUUUCCCCGUGGUUGUGUGCACUGACUCUUACUCGCUCUACGAGUGUAUGGUAAAGCUAGGAACUACCAAAGAGAAGCGCCUGAUGAUCGAUAUUAUAGCUAUUCGAGAGUCAUACGAGAGGCGGGAGCUAUCUAAGGUACGCUAG